UAUUAAUGUUAGAUGGAGUAUGGUGCUGAGAACAAGGAAGCUGGUCUUUUUCUUGCUGGUAAUGGCGUUUCUGUACAUGCUAUGGUCUUUUAAAGUCGUUUUAUAUGAGGAACCCACUUCUGUUCAACCCUCAAACCUCAAGCGUAUUUUACAUACUCCAGCUACUGCUGAUUCACCUGAUAGCAUUGCUGUAUCAGAAGAGGCUUAUAGUUUAACUACUGAAGCCAGUUCGGCUGUCUCCAGACAUACUCAUGAUACUCCUCACUCCAGCUCCAUCUCUGAACUGCCAGAGAUUUUUAGAAGAGGCCUGUGGCAGAGAGUGCAAGUUGCUGCUUUUUGUCAGAGACACGGCUUCUCUGGUCUUAACCACACUUUACCUGAUGCUAACUAUUCAUUCCGAAGCGAAGUAUUUCGUCACAUGAUCUACGAUAAUAAAAGCCAAAGUCUGUUCUGUUUCAUGCCCAAGGUUGGCUGCACAAACAUGAGAUCAACAUUGCUCCUUUCGCAUAACCUCAUACCUGCUUUCCUUCCAAGAAUGAACAGGAAGAAGUAUCUCGUGGAAAAGAAACUUGAGAGAGCAAUGAAAACGAUUGCAUUCACAAAUGACAGACUAACUGAUGAGGAGAGACUCAGAAUAAUUCGUACAUACAAAAGAUUCACAAUAUUGAGGCAUCCAUUGGAACGACUUCUAUCAGCUUAUAUUGACAAGAUAAGGGACCCAAAGACUAGUGAUGGGUCUCCUUUGUCUUAUUUUGAUCGCUUGAAGGAUGCCAUUUUGAGUGCUACUGGUGUGCAUGGUAAUGCCAAUGUCUCAUUCAAUGCAUUCCUUCAAUGGCUAGUGUCUCAGGACUAUACUGCACUUAAUGAGCACUUUAUGCCUCAAUAUUAUAACUGUGAGCCAUGUAGAAUGGACUAUCAUUUUUAUGGAAACUUUGAGAACUUUAGUGAAGAUGCUAAUAGUAUACUAGAGGAGUUUAAGCCUGGCUUGAGGCUUGCUAUAAGUGAUAGCUAUCACAAGCAGACAUCAACAACAUCCUUACUGAUGAGCUCAUACUAUGCCGGAGUACCACCGUGGCUUAAGAAAGCAUUGCACGAGAAUUUAUCUCUCGAGUUAGAAUUUUAUCAUUGUUUGUUUCCUCAGCAUGAACACUUGACAAAGGAAUUACUUUCUUAAUUUUUUUAUAUUAACUUUAUAAAUUAUUUCUAAUUAAUCGAAUAUCGAUGAAUAUUUUGAUUUAAUCAAAA